GGCGCGGGGGUGGGAUCGCGGCUGGGUCAUCCCCGAGGCGGGGGCUGGCGCGGAGCAUCCCCUGCUCCGGGGAGGGGGCGAGGAGAAAAGCAGCCCCGGGCCGGCCUCCGCCGCACUCGCUCGCCACUGCUGCCGCGCCGAGGGACCAUGGGCGCGGGCGGGUGCGCGGCCGCGCUGUGCCUGGCGCUGGCCGCCGCCGCCUGCCUGGUGCUGAGCCUGCAGACGGCCGAGCUGCGGGGCAGGGUGGCGGCGCUGGAGGCGCGGGGCGGCGGCCCCCCCGGCCCGGCGCUGCUCGCCCUGCUGCAGCCGCACGUGGAGCAGCUCCUGCGGGAGAAAAUGGGCGAAGGACUAGCCAAGUUACGGACAGCGAGAGAAGCUUCGUCUGACUGCGUAUGCCCACCAGGCCCUCCAGGACGGCGGGGAAAGGCUGGGAGACGAGGAGAACCUGGGAAACCUGGGCAGUCUGGACGAGAUGGUUAUCCGGGGCCUCUUGGUCUGGAUGGCAAGCCUGGACCUCCGGGACCAAAAGGGGAAAAGGGUGAACCGGGAAACUUUGGCCCGAGGGGUGAUCAAGGUCGAGAUGGAGCUGCCGGCCCACCUGGUCCCCCCGGGCCACCAGGUGCAAGAGGGCCCCCUGGAGAUACAGGAAAAGAUGGCCCCAGGGGACCACAAGGCCCUCCCGGCUUGAAAGGAGAGCCAGGAGAAGUCGGUGUGAUGGGCGCAAGGGGACCUCCAGGACUAAAAGGUGAACCUGGGACUCCAGGGGAAAAGGGUGACGACGGAGCUCGUGGAGAGCCUGGGCUUCAAGGACCUAAGGGGGAAAAAGGAAACAUGGGUGCCAUGGGGGAGAAUGGGCUAGAUGGAUCGCCGGGCUCGAAGGGUGAAUCUGGUGAGAAAGGAGGACUGGGACCCAUUGGACCAAGGGGUCCACCUGGUCUGAAGGGUGAACAGGGAGACACUGUCGUGAUUGACUAUGAUGGCAGAAUCCUGGAUGCAUUCAAGGGCCCACCUGGUCCCCCAGGACCUCCCGGACCUCAAGGAGCCCCAGGACCGAAGGGAGAGCUUGGAUUGCCUGGGCCACCUGGAGUUGACGGAGAAAAAGGUCCUAAAGGAUCUAAAGGAGAUGCAGGAACCCCUGGGGCAAUGGGACAAAAAGGAGAAAUAGGAGAAAUGGGCCUUUCUGGUCCACCGGGAAUUGAUGGACCAAAAGGAGAACAAGGAGAAACUGGAUCCCCAUGCUUGCAGAAUAAUCACAUCAUACCUGAGCCAGGACCUCCUGGAUUGCCGGGCCCUAUGGGUCCUCCAGGAAUCCAGGGGCCUAAGGGUUUAGAUGGCGCAAAGGGAGAAAAGGGAGACAGUGGUGAGAAAGGAGCAAAUGGUGAUGUUGGGCCACCUGGUCUUCCCGGUUCCCCUGGACUUAUUGGUUUACCAGGUACCAAAGGAGAGAAGGGGAAGCCAGGAGAGCCAGGGUUAGAUGGUUUCCCAGGUCUAAAAGGAGAAAAAGGAGAAAAAAGUGAAAGGGGAGAGAAGGGAGAAAGAGGAAUACCAGGGAGAAAGGGAGCCAAGGGGCAAAAAGGAGAGCCAGGCCCUCCUGGACUGGAUCAGCCGUGCCCAGUGGGACCAGAUGGAUUGCCAGUACCAGGAUGUUGGCACAAGUGAUCGCUAAGCAUGAAGCAUAAAGUGUGUAAAUAGUAAUGUGAUAUAUUUUGUUCUUUUUUAAUUUUUUGUAAAAAAAAACAAAAAAACAAAAAACUUCAACAGUAAUAUAUUGAUCGUUUUGUACUGAAUGCUGUCAUGUAUGGACCUUUAAAAUGCUCCAAAGUUUGUCAAACCUAUAGGAGAUGCAUGAUAACUUCAGGAGCUGAUGAUAAAGACAAAAAGUGCAGUGGCUGGGAAUGCAAGUAAUUUGCUGCUAACGCUACUGUGUGGACGUGGACUAACUGAGCUGAGACAAUGCGUUGCCUAGUGUGCCUUACAGCAUGGAGGAGGGAGAUCCCUGUGCUCAGUGGCUUUCAGCUCUGCCUUCCCAUUGCACGUGCCUUCCGAAAGGGUGAAAAACUCUGGCUGAAGGCGAAAAAGAAAAAAAGGAUGCAGCCCUAGAAGUGGGAGAAGCUGCGGCCUUUGCACCUGGCAGAAUCAAAGAAGGACUCUCAGCUUGCAGAGAGGGCAAGGCCCACACCAUUUGCUGCUACGUGCUCCCACCAGGAUGGAAACAGCGAGACUGUGAUGAAGUACAAUUCCUCCAAGUACCUGUGGAUGUUUCAGUGACUGUCAACAAUGCUUCUCUCUCUUGGACAGAAACGUCUAUUUAACCUCCUGGGGCUGGGGUCUGAGGAUAUGCAAGUCUUGCUGGGGAUUCCUUCUCUGUUUUCUUCAGGAUCCACAGGAUUAAGGGGACUUGACCUGCCAACAGCUUGCCUGUCAAAAAGACUGUUCAUGCUAUUUGGUUUACAAGCUCAGGCAUAGUGCGAGCUCUGCUAAAAGUUUCUUCCUUGAGCCACAGGGUACUUAAAAUCGCAACCUGGGGUUCCCUUAAGUUGGGAGUAGAUGACAGUAUGAAAUACAGUAUUCAGUCCCUUGGAUAAGGUUUGUUUUGUCAAUGUGAUACAAUUUCAUCUGCAUUCUCCUGAUUCUUCCCUUCCUCCUCCAAUUCUCUGUCUCUUUGCUGCAAAUAAAUGUGGCCUCAGACUCACUCCAUGCAGCCCAAACAUUCAAAACCAGCCUGUGUGAGCUGAGAUGAUAAUGGCCUAGUAUUCCCAUUCAGAGUGCUUCAGUCAGCUCCAUCAGCUUCUGUUGAAGUGUGAACAUCCUGAGAGGCUAGUUUCUCCUAACGGGAUGGGAGAGGACUUCACAGUGGAGGCCGGUGACACUGGGAAGUGGGCAGACAAAACUCAGAUGUACCGGUACACGAUUUUGGUAAUAUUUCCUCCAUCCAGCAAAGGCCAUUCAUUUUGGGAUUCCCAUCAAGGCUGGAAAAGCCAACCACAUCCACCUUAACAGGUAUCCUCCCUGGAAGAUGUAGCUUAGGCCUGGCCUAAUGAACCAACCAUUCACAAACCCUGCACUAAUAGGACACAGUGAUUUUUGUAGGUGAUGUGUUGAUGGAAAGAGGCAGGGGAGGAAAGACCAACAGUGUAGAAGUAGGGCAAAUGGGAGAAACUGAAGAGCAAUGGCAGAAACAGCAAAGCAGAGCUGGCCUGGGAGAGCAGCUGUGGGUCUAUUCCUGGAUAUGACUAGUGGCAUUGCAAUGGGCUACCCAGAGGUGGAGGGAAGGGAAGAGGUCAGCCUCUUGAAAGGAGUUGCAAAACUAGCUGAGAAGAGAUAACUCUGAAAGAAAGAAGUUGAGGGCAGCGGUAGCAUUGUCACCCCUUUGCCCUCUUCCCAAUACAUCAUGUUAUUUUAUCAUGGGACUAGAAGGGAGGUGAUUUUUAACUCUCCAUAUGGCACUGGCAAGACUAGUCCUAAAAUAAUGUAUGUAUUUCUGGUGGCCACUAUUUGAAAAUGAUGAUGAAUAAUUAGAGGGCACAGAAAAAAGCCCCCCACAACAAUGCAAGAGCUGGAGAAAAUGCCUAACAGUGAGGUUUAAGAGUUCAAUCUAUUCGCCUUAAGAAAGAGAUUGAGAAGGGACUCGAUUAUGCUGUGAAAGUACCUUCACAGGGAUGAAACACUGGGUCCUAACAGGAAAGGGCAGGUCACAAAACCAAUCACUGGAGUUGAAGCAAAACAAAAUCAAUUAGGAAAUAAGGUAAUAUUGGUCACAGUACCGCUGCUUACCCACAGGGACAAGUUUCCAAGGGAAGUGGUGGAUUCUCUUGAUGUCUUCAGUUCACAAAUGGAUGCCUUUUUGGAAGAUGCCUUUUGCCAAGCAAAUUGCUGGUCUCAAUACUAGGUGACGGGUUAAAUGUGAGGGCCUGUGGUAUGCAGGUCAGACUAGGUGAUCUAAUAAUGCCUUGCAGCCAGAAACUUUAUGACACUAAGUGGGGGGAGAAGGAAGGAUGGUGAAUCACGUUUUCCUGUAUGUGGAUACACUUGGGUUGAUUUGAGCCCUGUGUUCAGGUCCCCAUUCUGAGUCUGACAAGCAUAUUCAGGGUCAUACUGAACUGAAGAUAUACAGAAGAAUGGGCCCUGGGAGGAUGCUUUACCUAUGUGAGUCAACUUGGCGCACACUUAAUUCCAGCUCUAAUAACACCAGCAAGGUAAUGUACUUGGAACUAUGGGGCGCUUUUCAUUAAUGUCUCCAGGCAUGCAGCUAUUUCAGAAUGAUGUCUGUGACCCCUAGUCACUGCCUUCCUGUAUUAUAAUUACUGGGUCCAGUUAGAAAAGUCUCCUGGGAGCAUAUACAAUCCACAGAUGAAAGCCUGAACUGUAGGUACUCUUCAUGGUAGAUGCAAACUUACAUAAGACUCAAGGAACCUAGAGUAACUUGUCAGCCACGCUAGUUUUAUAUUAUUUGUCUUGUGCUUGAUGACUGUUAAGGCCUAUACCAUAUGCUUUAUUUUCCCUAUAAUUAUAUUGUUUAAAACUUGUAUAAAGUCAGAUAAAUGAACAGGCCAAGAAACAGGAAUUUAACCAACAAUAAAAAUGUCUUUUAUUCCCUUCUAAUUCAUGAAGUUAACUACUGCCUUAAGUUAGAUAGAAAACUCCCUAUGGCUUUUUGCCUUGGAAAAAACUUCCCUUAUGAUCCCUGUUAAUAAAGGUCCUAGAUCCUGCUAUGUUUAAAGUCAAGAGCAAAACUCUCAUUACCUUCAGUAGGAUGAGAUUUGCUGGUGCUGCCUUAAUGCACAGCAAAUAUUUACAGAUGAAAGCAAAAUUAUCUCUUUCAAUCCACAUGGUGGGUUUCUACAUCCUAAAUGUUUCACUCAUGCUGUCCGGGGCACUUCUCCACCAUGGAGUGACUGCAGACAAUGCAAGAUACUGGAAAUGUCCAAAAACGGUCUUCAGUGGAGACCGGAGAGGGAAGAUUUUGUAUAGGCUGACGGAAGCUAAUUUUGCUUCUAGCUGCAGGAUGCCCUGUAGCACUAAUACUACAGCACAGUGCAACUUCCGAAGCUUUUAAAAUGACAUCAACUUUCUAUGAAGAAAUGCAGAGUUGUAUGAAACAGCAACCUGUGGCAUAUCCAGUGUUUGUAAGCAUCAGCGGUGAUCGCUGCUCUGCCUGAAAGGCCUGUCAGUAGGAAGUACUGGCCUAGCGCUUGCCAAGCUGCGGUUAUGCUAAGAUGGAAAAGCCUCUGCUGCUGCAGAAGCCUGGCGCAGCACUGGAGGCAGAGGCAUCCUUUAGCUGAACAGUGCUCUCAGUUAGGGUGGAUCCUUGCUCCAUGCAGGGCCGACUGCAGGGAAUUCCUAACCAGCCUCUAUUGAAAACGGAGAAUAACAUUAAAGCUACCCUGUGGUUGAUGCUGCAGGAGCUGUGGGGCCAUCUCCGAGCAUGAAGUGCUUUGGGCCAGUAUCUGCUGGGCAGACUCCCAUCUGCCAAGCCCCCUCCUCACUGAAGCAGUUGAAGCCUUUGCAGAGAGAUGCUCUAUGGAAAGCAGAGGCUGCAGAACCUAAGAAACUUGUUAUAUGCUACUCCCCCCAGCCCCGUGUAACCAAGUCACACUGGUGAUCUGCAUCUAGGACUUUCCAGGCCUUACGUGAGGUCCAAGAGCUGGCCCCACACAUAUUCCUUAUUCAGUAUAUGAUGCAGAUUAACAUAAACUGAAUUAGAGGGACACCCUCGUGUCAUAUUAACAGUAAAAGGUGCAGGCAGAAAGGCUUAUUCUCUAGAUUUCCCAGGUGCUUUCCAUGUACAUAAAGCCUGGGUAGCUUUGUUAGACGAGAAAUUGCUUUGUGACAAUCAGGGAGAGAGAUCUGCGUUGCUCAGCAAGUUGUUUUCUACUUGUUUGGCUUGUUUGUUUGUUUUUUUCCUUUCCAAGAUGCUGUAAAAACACAUUUAUGUAAAUCUUUUUGAUCAGUUUAUUCUGAGUGCACAAACAGCUAGUGAAGAUAAAUCUUAAUAAUGGGCAGUGCUAGCAGCCUAGUCUAAACCCUUGGACCUCAGUAAUUACAUUACUGAGCACGAUGGGUUUCACUUUUCUUUCCAAGAACCAGCUCUUUCCGUAUCUGACUGGAGAAGCUGCUUUAUAGCCAAGCAGAGGAAGCAAGACUAAACAUUACCACUAGAUGUCAGUCAAAUGACAGAUUAAAAAAUGAGGCUGCUUCUAUAUUUGAAAUUUAGGUCAUUCUGAGACUGAUUUAUUUAUCUUCAGCAUUAAAAUACUUAAUAUGUAAACUACAUGUAUUCAUCAAUAAACAUGUAUGUGAUUUGGAUAAAACACUUAAAAACUAGUCUUCAUUGGGUGGGAAACAAAGCACAAGUCAAAUUCAUGUUUCAUAGUUUCAUGUUGUUCAUCUGGUUACGUACUAUUCAGUUAUGUAGCCUGAAGAGAAAAACAACCCCCCCCAAAAAACCCCAGAGGCUUUUAAGAGACUGGUCUGGCUUGAAUGAAACUAUUAAAGUCUGAAGGAUUUCAUUAUACUGCUGUUUAGCCCCUGAUCACUCCUCGGAUCAUUACGCUUGCCCUUUGGGCUAUGCUCGGAGGACAGGUGCUUGCUCUCAGAUGUGCUCCAGGUCCAAUCCAAUAAAAAGCGACUGGAUCUGGUCAGGUUAUUAGCAAUAUCCUGUCUGUGCCAUCCUGCAGUUUGGUCACACUGGGAAAUUAGGUUUCUAAUACUGGGCAGGAGAGUUCACUGAAGUACAGAAAACAAAUCCUACUGAGUCUGAUGGGUUCUGCAGCCAGUGCUCAGACAGCAUCUACUUGCCUUGAUGACGAUGUAACAGAGUGAGAACGGGCGUCAAUCAGUUUAAAUCCAGGUUUAAUUCCAAUUUAAUUCCAGGUUCUUGCUAAAAGUUCCAGCAGUUUCUUUGUCAGGCCUUGCCUAUGUAAUAUUUCAGGGGAAUCUCCCAGCACCACUAAAGUGUUAAUGAAGCAUAGUGGUGCUCAACUUCUGGCCCAUAGGGCUGUGUCAUCUGGCCUGCGGGGCUCCCCACGGGUUCAGAAAUCUGGCAGUAGAGGAGUGGUGGCAGCAUUAGUUGCUGCGGUUUCCAGAACCACAGCAAGUAAAGUUACCACCAGUCCCCUGCCACCAAGCUUGGGAGCCCUGCAAGCCAGAUGACAUGGCCCCACGUGCCAGAUUGUGCUGGCAUCCAGGUCCCUCCACUGCCAGAUCCAGCAUGCUGGAUCAAGCCAACACACCAGAUUGCACCUGUGCACUGACCCCAUGCUGGAUCUAGCCUGCAGACUGACCCUGCCCAUGUGAUCCUCCCUGCGGACUGGCCCCACACCACUUACCGGGCCUGUGGAGCCAGAAGGUUGACAAUCAGGGUGUAGCAUCAUCUAUGCUAGCGACAGUUGGGCUGUUCUGGGAGACUUUUCUAUAAUUCCCAGUGGGAGACACUGUCUGGCCUUGUCUAUUAUUUGUCCAGUUAUUUCUAAUCUUGAACUCAUGUUCAGUGUCUAGCAUCUGGCAACAUCAGGAGCCUCUGGUAGACCACUGCCUGCACGUUAACAGCCUGACAACGGGCCAUCCUCUGAUAGGGAAGUCGAAGUUUACAGCAGAUCUGUUCACAUGCUUGGUGGCUUAGCUGAGGAAUGUCCCCCUCCAUUCUGAGGUGGCAGAGAAAACCCAGUCCGACUCCAAACUGGAAACAUUUCUAAACCUGGCACACAUUUUUCCUUUCAUAGUUCUAUGGCAACACCUGGUGUUUGGAAUCUAUUUUAUUUCUUCGUAGGCAGCUUCUUCUCUUUACACACCAAUUCUGACAUGUUCUGUGUAUAUAUUAUUUCUAUGGUAAUUUUCUCCUGUGUAUUUAAAAACUGUCUGUGUGUUCCUUCUGAUGGAAAAAUGCAAAUAUUUUGUCUGUUUUCAUGCAAACCAAAGGAUAAAAUGUUUCUUAGUGAGCUUUUCCUUUUUUAUAUAUUCUUGCUCUGUACAAGACACUGAAAUGUGUGCGAGUUUGGAACUACAGGCCAUUGAUGUUAAUGCUAAACCUGGCAAGUUUGGAAUCUCUCCAUAGCAAAAUGUUUAUUUGGCAUGUGCCAUAGAGAAUUAUCCAAAUCAUUACUCCUAUGUUUUUAAGUCUGUUGUCAUGAUCAUCUGCUAUUAAUAAGGCUGUAUGUUUGUUAUGACUUCCCUGAAAAGAAACCCAGCACUUUGAGUUGCCUCCUUUCCCCUUCCUUCUGCCAAGAGUUGUAGGACCAAAUUUUCAGCAGAUGUAAACUUGCUCAGCUUUACUGAAUCCAACAAAACUGAGCCAGUUUUACACCUCCAGAGGAUUUGGUUCAUGAUGUGUAUUACCUCAUCUGCUUGUGGCUGAGACGGGCUGCUUGAGCUUCUACAAACGUGGCCCCGGUUCCACAGUCAAAUCUGCGUAAGGGGAUCCUCGAACGCAGCAGUCCAGAUGCACCUGUGGGAUUGGGCCCUGAGUGCUCCCUGCAAGUUAUGUGGGGGGGGGGGGGGAACAGGUUUUUCAGUCACUAGGUAAACACCACUAAAUCAUUUCUAAUUUGUUUGCAGUAAAAUAUAGGGCAUAACCUCCAAGUGCCCUGUAGCAAACAGCUUCAUUAAGAUACUGUGGUCCCAGAUUUAUUCCCAUUUUCUUGUCAUGACAAACAGCCAGCCUUAUUCAGCAUAACUGUGUAUGUAUUCUGUUAGCAAGAAAAUUCAAUAAACAGAACUGUAUUUCUAAAGUA